AUGUCGCUGGUAUCUGGUCCUGGUCGAGCUGUUGGCAGCCAAGCAGAUCAGACACUGUGUGUACCAAAGCAUGUGGAGUACAUCAAGAACCUGGACAGUAGGAGAGAUGAGCUGGAAUAUUGGCUCACAGAACAUCUUCGACUGAAUGGAGUCUACUGGGGUCUGACCGCAUUGCAUCUGCUGGCGUCUCCCGAAGCUCUUCCGCGGGCAGAAACCAUCGAUUUUGUUCUUUCCUGCCAGCAUGAGAACGGUGGAUUUGGAGCGGCACCUGGUCAUGAUGCGCAUCUGCUCUACACCGUCUCGGCUGUCCAGAUCCUCGUUACACUCGAUGCAGUGGACGAGCUGGAGAAGCGGGGCUUAGGAGGCAAGCAAAAAGUUGCUAAUUACAUCGCAGGGUUACAGGACCAGGCAACUGGCUCCUUCAAGGGUGACGAAUGGGGCGAAUUGGACACUCGUUUCUUAUACGGUGCCUUCAAUGCCUUGUCACUCUUGGGACUUCUUGACCUGGUCGACGUUGCCAAAGCUGUCGCUUACAUCCAGAAGUGCGAAAAUUUGGAUGGAGCAUAUGGUGUCUGCCCUGGAGCCGAAUCCCAUGCUGGCCAGGUAUUUACCUGUGUGGGCGCGCUGGCUAUCGCGGGACGAUUGGAUCUGGUGGACAAGGAUCGUCUUGGUGGUUGGCUCAGUGAAAGACAGUUGGACAACGGCGGACUGAACGGUCGUCCCGAGAAACUGCAAGAUGCCUGCUACAGCUGGUGGGUGGGAGCCAGCUUAGCGAUGAUCGACCGUUUGCAUUGGAUCGAUGGCGACAAGCUGGCCGCAUAUCUUCUUCGCUGCCAGGAUCCAGCGGCUGGCGGCUUCGGGGACCGUCCUGGUAACAUGGUGGAUGUCUUCCAUACGCAUUUUGCCAUCGCGGGCUUGAGCCUCUUGAAGUUCGAAGGCGUGGAGGAAGUAGAUCCUAUCUAUUGUAUGCCUAGAGCCAUUACAAUGAAAACCUUGCACAAGUAA